GAUCUCUCUCUCUUUCGGUGUGAGUUCAGGAAAAUGGCAGAGGCCAGUAUUUCAGUAGAUCAGCUUUCUGUGGACCAGUUCAUGUGUCCAGUGUGUCUGGAUCUCCUGAAGGAUCCGGUGGCUAUCCCCUGUGGUCACAGUUUCUGUAAGGCGUGUAUUAAUGGCUUCUGGGAUCAGAAGGGCGUCUACAGCUGUCCUCAGUGCAGAGACACUUUCACUACAAGGCCUGUUCUACGCAGAAACAACAUGCUGGCUGAAGUGGUGGAGAAACUGAAGAAGACUGAAGUCCAAGAUGUGGAGUGUGAUUUCUGCACCGGGAGAAAAAACAAAGCCGUCAAGUCCUGUCUGGUGUGUUUGACUUCGUUUUGUGAAACUCAUCUGAAACCUCAUCUUGAAGUUCCUGCUUUGAAAAAACACACAUUAAUUGAAGCCUCAGCAAAACUCCAAGAGAAGAUCUGCUCUGAACAUAACAAGCUGAUUGAGAUCUACUGUCGUACUGAUCAAACCUGCAUCUGUUAUUUGUGCAUGUUGGAGAAACAUAAAGACCAUGACGCUGUUUCACUUGCAACAGAAAGAGAUGAGAAACAGGUUUUAGCUUCUGGACGUCAGUCUCCUACAUUUCCAAGACCAUCAUUUCACACAUCCAGCGUCACUGUCCAUCAACAUCUCUCAUUUGAUGGAGUGAGGAAUUCUCUCUCAGAUCUGAAAAAGAGACUCGAGGAAUUCUGUGAGGAGGAAUUCAACAAAAUCCCUCCACAUGCUGCAGCAGUUCAGAUCAUUUCAGAACCAGGACCACAGAGCAGAGAAGAGUUUCUGAAAUAUUUCUGUUAUCUGACUCUGGAUCCCAACACGGCACAUCAUCACCUCAUUCUGUCUGAGAAGACCAGAGCGGUGAGAUGCAGUGAGAGAGAGCAGCGUUACUCUGAUCAUCCAGAGAGAUUUGAUUACUGGUGGCAGGUGUUGUGUAAGGAGAGUGUGUGUGGACGCUGUUACUGGGAGGUGGAGUGGAGCGGUGAUGGUGAUGUGUUCAUAUCAGUCUCAUAUAAAGACAUCAGCAGGACAGGACGGCGUGAUGAGUGUCGGUUUGGAGGCAACAAUCAGUCCUGGAGACUGUGGUGUUCUUCUUCUUCUCUCUCUUUCUGUCACAACAGCAUUGAGACUCAUCUCAGAGUUCCAUCAGCCUCCAGAAUAGGAGUGUAUGUGGAUCACAGUGCAGGAACUCUGUCCUUCUACAGCGUCUCUGACACGAUGAAGCUCCUCCACAGAGUCCACACCACAUUCACUCAGACUCUAUAUGCUGGGUUUGGGUUCGACUUGCAUUCUACAGUGAGAUUGUGUGAUCCAGAAUAAAAGUGUGUAGUGUUUUCUGUAAAAUUCCUGCACGUUGCCACGUUGUUGCUCAGCUGCACAAAAAACACUCAUUUUAAUAUUUAAAUUAAAACAGAUGAAUAAUUUAAAAUAAUUACAAAGGAAAAGUUAAAAAUUAACUGUCAGACAAGAAAGUCGUCAAAUUUAAAAAGAAAAUGAUCUCAUGACCUUCGCAUUAUAAAGUUGUGUUUGUUUCAUAUUAAGCAGUGUCUCAUUAAAUAACUAAUAAACAGUAAUAAAGCCAGAACAGAACAACAUUUUAAACCUGUUCAGGUCACACUAUAUAAAAAUAAAACAUCACUUUUGGAAUGAAUUUGAUUUUUCUGCUUAUAUUCUAAGAUGUAAA